GGUGAUGCGCGCGCUCGCGACGGCGCGUCAAAAAUAAUCAAAAGCAGCUGUUACAUUUAAACUCGCACUCGAGCGCGCGCGCGUCACAAACCGUCACCCUGCCUGCAGCUCGCGCUUUGUUUAAAGGAGUCGAUUCAGUGAAGUGAUUCAUAAUGGACGUCAGUGCGGAGUAAACGCGCGCGCAGAGACACGUGAGAGGUGAACAUGGAGAACAGACGGGAGGAGAAACACACCACAGCGUCUCCUCGAAGUGUCAUCGUCACUUAUUAUGAAGGAGACAUUAACACGGUGGUGGACGAACAUUUCUUCCGCGCGCUGAGCAAAAACAGCAGUCCCAAAGACCUGAGCAUCAAACACCGAGAGAGACACACACCACACACACCACGCAGCACCGACUCUCUGACUCCGCCCUCGUGGUCUACAUCAUGGUCCAGGACGAGUGUGUGUGCUCCAAAUCACACAAGUCACACGGCCCCGUGUUUCUCUGCUGAGGAAGCAGUUCGGGCUUCAUCAGUGAUCGUGAGUCGGCCUGAAACUCCUGCUUCCUGGAGCUUAUCCCAAAGCUACAUGCUAACAUCGUUGGCGCACCAGCUGUCUGAGGCUCCGUCGUUCCACCCUCCGAAAUGAGGUGUGGACGCCUCAGAACAGCGAGGAUUUAUACUGGUAUUGACAUGGACACGCCCACUCACAACCACGCCCACUCAUUACCAUGCCCACAAUAGACCACGCCCACAACACACCACACCCACUCAUUACCAUGCCCACAAUAGACCACGCCCACAACAGCCAUGACAUUUCCUUUGAUGUUCCAUGGAGAACAUGCACCCACAAUGCACCAUGCCCACUCACGACCACUCCCACAAUAGACCACGCCCACACGUGACCAAACCCACCAUACACACACGAACACCCCCACAAUAGACCACGCCCACAAUAGACCACGCCCACAACACACCACACCCACUCGUUACCAUGCCCACAAUAGACCACGCCCACAACAGCCAUGACAUUUCCUUUGAUGUUCCAUGGAGAACAUGCACCCACAAUGCACCAUGCCCACUCACGACCACUCCCACAAUAGACCACGCCCACACGUGACCAAACCCACCAUAUACACAUGAACACCCCACAAUAGACCACGCCCACAAUAGACCAUGCCCACACCAGCCCUGGCAUUUCCUUUGAUGUUCCAUGGAGAUCAUGGAGCUGAGGGACUGUAGGGCUGGAGGUAGAACUGACCGCACUCUAGCUCCGCCCCCUGUGUAGAGCGUUUAUCAGCUCUCUGGUCAUUUAUCAAGAGCUCAGUUAAUAAAAUAAUGACACGUACCUGAGAAUAAAAUCUCCAUGAUGGAUCGUGCUGCUAAUUCUGGAGCUCGGCUGAAGGUGAAUUAAUAACGAGUCAAUUUCAUUAAAAAAAGAGCAGAAAUAGCGAGAACCCCUGCAGGUGAUAUUUAUUAUUAAACAGCACAUUAUUUAAAACGGAAUCUGACUUCCUGUACCUGUUCAGCUCCAGACCUGAAGAUUGAGGAUUUAAAAAGAAAUGUGAAGAGCACUCAGGGACAGAACACGGCUCAGUGCAGAGCUUCACUGAGAGAUGGAAAUCUUAUAACGUGUCAGAUGUGACAGAUGAGACAGAUGUGUAUCGUAUCAUUUCAUUUUAUUGAGUUGCUGUUGUUCAGCAGUACAGAUGAGCUGAGAACGAAGCACCAGCAGGGGGCAGCACUGACUCACACGUACACGGCGAUGGUCUGAUCACACCUCUGUAGAUUUUAUUCGUUUAUCUCCAGGAAUCUUUCCUCCUCUCGGUUGAAGAGCCGUUUAAUUUCAGCUCUAAUAAAGUGCAUUAGAUGAUGAUGAUGAUGAUGAUGUGAAUUUUGUAGUGGAAGAAGCACGAAGCUCCAAAUGAACAUCCUGUAAACACACUCGGUAAACACGCUUCUCCACCUGUACGCUGUAAUGAGUGAUAAUCGCACCGUCCGGCGUCACACACACGAGGAGGGGUUCCUUCUCAGUCGGGUUCCUCUCAGGGUUCCUUCCUCAUGUCUUCUCAGGGAGUUUUCCUCGUCACUGUCACCUCUAGAUUGUUCAUUACGCAUCUAAACCUGUAAACAGUGUUUGUGAUAAUGUCUGUUAUACAAAUAAAAAAUGAAUUGCACUAUCAAUUAUAAAGGAAUAAACCUCUUUUAAACCUCUUAACACUUUUCUGUUCCGAUUUGUGGACAAACAUUUUGCAUGUUUGACUGAUGGUCUGUUUUUACACUGCAGUUUAUCGCUAAAUAUCUUCACCGUUAGCUGAUUUA